AUGCCGCCGCGCCGACGGGGUUCUUCGGGCUACCGCUACGUCCGCGGGCGCCCCAACGGCUGGUACUCCGCCGAGAUCCGGUUCGGCAACGUCCGGCUCGGCCUCGGGUUGUUCCGGAGCGCGCACGAGGCGGCCCGCGCGUACGACGCGGCGGCGUGGCGCUUGGAGAGGCCCCGGUCGCAGAUGAACUUCCGGGAAGUCUUCACGCGCGAGGAGGCACAACGCAUCGCCCCUCCGCCGCGUCUCAUCACCGACAUGGACCGUGCUGACCAUGCUCGGCGGCAGCGCCUCCUCCUCAUCGCCGAGGAGGAUGAGCGAGCCAUGGCGGAGUGGCGCCGUCGCCACCCGGAGGACGUCGCCGACUAG